AUGCCUGUUUUUAAUAUUUUUUUGAGUCAUUCCUCAGGCAUAAGUCAACCAAUAAAUGUCAUCAUUGAUACUAAUGUAAAAGAAAAAAUAAUGAAAAAUCGCCAAAUACUUCGUCCUAUUGUUGAUGCUAUAACUUUUUGCGGUCAAACCAAUACGCCUUUGAGAGGCCACAGAGAUGAUUCACAAAAUCUUCCAGAGGCUGGAGAGUAUUCGAAAUGUGGAACUGGUUGUUUUAAUAAACUUUUAAAUUUUGCUGUACGCAAUGGAAAUGAUGUUUUAGGCUCUCAUCUUAAUAACUGUUCAAAGAAUGCCUCCUAUAUUUCGAAGACUUCACAAAAUGAAAUUAUUAAAUGCUGUGGUGAAGAAAUUAGUGAAUCUAUACUAUCUGAAGUUUGCAAAAAUGUUUUUUUUUCAAUAAUUGCAGAUGAAGCCUGCGACUCAUCUACUAAAGAGCAAAUGUCAUUAGUUUUACGAUUUGUUGAUAGUGAUUUCAAUAUCAGAGAAGACUUUAUUCAAUUUAUUCAUUGUAGUGAAGGAGUUAAAGGAAAAGAUUUGUUUAAUGUUCUAUUAAAUUGUGUAAGCAACUUGAAUCUAGAUAUAAAAAACUAUAGGGGUAAGGGAUAUGAUGGAGCCAGUUCUGUCUCUGGGUAUAUAAAUGGUCAUUCUGCUCCGGUUCUCAAUAUAAAUUCAAAGGCUUUGUAUACACAUUGUCAUAGCCAUCGACUGAACUUAUCAGUUUGUGAAUCGUGUUAUGUCCAAUUAGUUUCAGAGAGCGAGAACAAACGCAAAAAAUUAAAAGAUAUCUGUAGAACUAGAUGGAUUGAGCGUAUAGAUGACACACAAAACAAAUCUUCUACUUUUUUAAAUUCCAUUGGCACUUUUCAAUUCGUCCUUACUUUAGUUGUGACAACACGUGUCUUUGAUUUUACUUUACCUGUUACUCGGUUACUGCAAUCAAAAACUAUUGAUAUCUUAGACGGUUUGCACCUUAUUACAGCUCUUAAAAAUACAUUUAUUUCCAUCAGAAACGAUAUAGAUAGUUUUCAUAAUAACUGCUAUGAAGCAGCAUGUUUGCUUUCAAAAAAAGCUGAAAUUUUUGUUUUAAAACCAAGAGCCUGUUCUAUUCGAAAAAAUCGUUCUAAUGUUCCAUCAGAGUCUGUUUCAGAAUACUUCAAAAGAGCUGUUACUAUCCCUCUUAUAGAUCAUGUAUUUACAUCUAUAUCUACAAGAUUUAAAUCAGAAACUGUAGCUGCAUAUAAAGGGUUAUCAAUUAUUCCAUUUAAUAUUAUUUCUUUUCUUAAAAGAUCCAAAACCCAAUUGUGUUGGAGGAAGCAGUUUGAAACAUUCUGUGAUUUUUAUAUAGAUGAUUUCCCUAAUAUCAGUGCCUUGAAUGGGGAACUAGUUCUUUGGGAAAAAUACUGGGAAAGUUUCUCUGGGACUACUCCUGACAAUAUAUCUUUAACUAUUAAAUCGAUAUCAUUUCCUGGAUUUGAAAAUAUUAAGAUAGCUUUAAAGAUACUUGGGACACUUCCUGUUACUUCAUGUGAGUGUGAGAGGAGUUUUUCUGUUAUGCGUCGGUUAAAAGACUAUAUGAGAACAACAAUGUCAGAAGAUCGACUUAACGGUUUGGCAUUAAUGUAUAUCCAUCAAGAAAUUGUUCCUUGUAUUGAUAAUGUUAUCAAUAGAUUUUCUAUAAAAAAUAGACAACUUGAUUUCAAUGAUUAG